AUGUUACAGUUUCUCCUCAAAACCAUUGUCAAUUCAGGAAUAGGAGAAAACACUUACUGCCCCAGAGCCGUUCUUGAAGGGAGAGAAGAAUGUCCAGCUCUUAAGAUACGUACGAGGAAAUGGACGAGACGAGAUCAUGUUCGACACACUCGACGGCCUGUUCAAGAAGAUAGGAAUUUCACCCUCCGAGAUAGACAUCCUCGUGGUGAACGUGUCCUUGUUUUCCCCAGCACCUUCUCUCACAGCACGCAUCAUAAACAGGUACAAAAUGAGAGAAAUAUCAAACCCUUCAAUCUUGCAGGGAUGGGGUGUAGUGCAAGUGUUGUUGCUAUUGAUAUGGUGCAGCAACUCUUCAAGGCUUACAAAAACUCUGUUGGGAUUGUUGUGAGCACUGAGGAUCUUGGAGCACAUUGGUACUGUGGAAGGGAUAAGAAAAUGAUGCUAUCCAACUGUCUCUUUCGCUAUGGUGGCUGCUCUAUGAUGUUUACAAACAAGCCUUCUCUGAAGGGCCGUGCAAUAUUGAAACUGAAGCACAUGGAGAGGACUCAGUAUGGUGCGGAUGACGAGGCUUACAACUGCUGCAUACAUGUGGAAGGAGUCUUGUCAAGAGUGCUUUUCAAGCGUUGA